CUCAAUGCAAUAAAAAAAUUUGUGGUGUCUUGUUAGAUCGUGUGCAAAGUGCUGAACUUGUGCUUAAAUCAUUAAACAAAAAACAGCAAGAAAAUAAAGAAAAUUUUUGCAAAAAAGAAUAUUAUCAUACUUUCCUUAGGUUCGAGAUGGUAUUGCAACAAAUUAAAGAUUUUGCCAUAGAUAUUACACAACUUCAAGGAUUUGAAAAACUUUUUAAAGCAAACUUAGUUUCGGAAAAAUUCACACAAUUAACAAAUGACUUUGAUAGAGUGAUGAAAGAUUUAAAUUUUACAUUGGCUAUAUCAA